AUGCAGAGCUUUGUAAAAAUUGAUGUGUCUAAGAUUAAUCAAAAGGUGUCCAAUGAAACAACGACCGUCGGUCUUGAAACUGUAGAAACAACCGAAUCGACAGCAUCGAGUAGUACAUCGAUUUUAACAACUUCCUCCACUGGUAAACCAGAGGUGACCACAAAAAGUCAAGCAGCCACAACCCCAGUCACCACCACAACGGUGAGACCACCGUCCACAAGGCCGUUCGAACUUCCCAAAGAAGGGCGCCUAAUUAAGUCAGUGCCCAGUGGGUAUUUCUGCAGCUGCGAUCUAAAAAUUAACAUUUGUGAUGUGAACUGUUGCUGCGAUAUCGAUUGUACCGACGAAAUUCUGAAGUCCUUCAAUUGCGACGAAGAACGACUGGACAUCGCAGAGUAUCACCACCAGAUGGGACUGCAAUCAUGUAAAGUACAAGGUGGCUUGUUGUGUUUGACCAGUGAGUCUCAGAAUGAAAUGGACGACUCGUUCUAUGAUAAAAGCUUAAAAAAUAGCAUUACAAAACAUAAAUGGGGAGAUAUAUUUCCACUGGAUGACAAUUCAAAAGAUAGAAUAUUUAAACACUACCGGGUAAACGUUCCAAUUCGGUUAUACAACGAAAGCAGCGAAAAAGUUGAUAUAUUUAAAAUACCAUACUCUCUAACCAAUUCCAACUGCCAGUUGGAACAGCCGAUUUACUUUCUACAAGAGUACUCUGUUAAGUGUCUCCGAUCGUUUGAAAGCUUGGAAGCAUUCACCACUAACUUUGUGGAGCAGCAAACCAACAUUCGCUACCAGCGACUGCCCAUGUUGGAAAUUAUGGAACACUGCAUGGAUCAGGACUGCUUCAACAGUACGUUGGAAUUCUGCAAUCUCACAGGGCACGAUUGUCAACUAUCCAACCGAACAGAAUCGUUUGAUCCGGAGGACGGAUUGUGGUACUGUCCAGAGCUGAAAGUAAUUUUCAUUCACAACUAUACUCGCUUAGAAGGUUUGACAAUUAAAUUCCACUGUGGUCCGCUGGAUUACGCCGAUCAACAUACUAACACAAUUUGGCAAACAAUUUCUGUCAAAUUUAGGCGUAAAAAUGAAGAACGAUUCGUUCGACAAGUGAGCGGAAACUUAGGAUAUUUGACAGGCAAACCCGUAAUCGUAUCGAGACAGCUAAUUCCGGAAAAUGACACAGCCGAAGAGAAGCGUUCUAAAAAUUACAUGUUGGCAUACUUCACCAAUGGCACCAGAGAAUCGGAUGAAACAUUUCGUUUAAAACUGCCCGUCAGUAGACGCAAUCGUUGUGUGUUCGAUCACCGACAUCACUACGAUGUCCUGUUUGGCGAAAGCUCCUGGAACAAAUGCAAUUUCUCACCACGACUGAACAUAACAAACGAAUCUAAUUUCACGGAAAUUUGUACCCAACUACAGGAGGAAAUUUUCAACCUUCUCCUACAUAAUGUAGCUCCCCGGGUUGAGGCAAAUAACUACGAAACACUAAAUCUCUUCAUCUCCAAGUAUGGAAACCCAAUCAAUCGCUCGGAGGAGUGGAUCCCACUGAGACCGUUGAACGUUAUCAAUGAGAACGUAACCGCAAAAUGGCCAUCAACAAGUGAAAAACAGACUACCACAUCACCAUACUUCACCUGUAAAAGUAUGAUUAUCAACGUAAAGUAUAACUUUUACCACGCUAGAACCACCGUUCGAAACAUCCCCAGACAGCAGAUACUGCAGGAAGCGGAGCUCCUGUUUGGACCUAGAGUUGAUUUGCAGUUCGCGUUGGACGAACCGAUUCAGGUCCCUGUGUACGCGCAAGUUCAGUUUUUCGAUUUGACAUCUUACCACAGUAGUAGUACGGUGGGCCGGGAAAUGGUGCCUUCCAAAUGGGUGCUUCUGGUAAAUUCAAUUUUAAUUGUUAGUUUUACUGUGUUCACAUGCAAUCACUAA